AUGCACCUUCCAGAGCCUGAAUACGAUGGUGAUUGGCUUCAGAAUAUAUUAGCAGCUGCCAGUUAUCUCGAUGAUUUUGACUCUCUAGCAAACGAAGUGGAUUUCGAUAUACCACACGCAGUUUAUCAACAAGGAUUGGUGUACGAUAUUAUUCAUAUCCCCAAUCAUCAAAGUUUUCAACAAUCGGAGGGAAUUGAUUCGGACAGUUCUUCCUCAAUAAUUUCUGAAAUCGAGGAAUAUAUUACCAUACGCGAAUCUAUUUGCGCUGAUGCUGAGCCCAAAAAUCUUACUCCAGAAGCCGAUGUCUACAAGAUCGACUCGAGAUUAAUCACUGAAAAAAUCAGGGCUGAAAUGGAGCGAGCAAACUCCGUCCAAGCUUUAAACAUCCCGACAGCAAAAAAGUCAACACCCGAUUAUUCAUGUCCCUCGACAUCCUACAAAGCGGGAAAUUUCUUUCUCUAUAGGCCUACCUCGUCUGAAGCCCAAUCCAGAAAUCAAACAUUGAAAGCUGGAAAGUUUCAAAUUGAACCGGAAUUAAUCAACAGACGAAUAGUCAGCGAGCUGUUGAAUUCGAAUUCAACCGGUAUGUUUGCUGCCCCGCAGACAGAUACUAUUCCGGCUCCAGGACUAAGGACUGGAAUUUCCAAACAUGAGGUGGAAUCACCGGGUCAGUCUGAUGCAGCCAAAUAUCAGUGUGGUUUCUUUGGAUCCAGAUACUGCCCAGGUUCGUUUAUGAACUAA